CGUUUAACUGUUUAGGCCCGUAAAAUGGUGUUUUUCUUUUUCCUAAAUAAAAGGAACUGCGUUUGUGACUCCAUUACCUGAUCCGCGCGUGACGUCACUUCAUUUGAGGCACAUAGAACUCAACUCGCGCACCCUCCAUUUUCUCAUUUGUUUUCAUUUCAUCGAAUCAUCUUUUUGGUUCGUUCUCUCAUCUCCCAUCUUCUCCGCAUGUUCUCGGAGCACCGGCUCCAACUAACGGAGCCCCGCUUCACAUCUUAACCCAAGAAACUUUAAUUAAGACAAAUAACACACACUCUCUAUCUUUUCUUUAAUUUUUCUUUUAUCAGAUCGCGAGAGAUAUUCACCCAACAUGUCCAAACCUUGGGGCAAUAUCGGAAACUGGGCGGCGGAAGCUGAACGGGCCGAAGCGGAGGAGCGGGAGGCCGCCGCCGCUGCCGCCGCCAACCCGCAGGCCUUCCCAAGCCUCAAGGAGGCCGUUAACGCGAAGCCUAAGAAGAAGAAGAUGACGCUAUCGGAGUUCGCAGGCUACACUUCCGGUGGCGGUGGUGCGUUGGAGUCCAAACGCUUGACGCAGGACGAGAUGCUCAGUCUCCCGACGGGGCCGAAGGAGCGGUCCGCAGACGAAAUGCAGUACAACCGGCUCGGCGGCGGGUUCUCAUCCUACGGUCGCUCCGGUGGGUCUUCGAUGGGUCGCUCCAGGGACCGCGAAGGGAACGGCGAGGGUUCCUGGGGCGGAGGGAGGAGAUCGUUCGGCGGAUUGGAAGAUGAGCGCAGGGGUCCGAGUCCUAGGGUUUCAGAUAUCGACCAACCUUCCAGGGCUGACGAGGUGGAUAACUGGGCUUCGGGGAAGAAAUUGCCGUCGUCUUUCGAUUCCGGCCGGCAGAAUAGAUAUAGUUCUCUUGGCAGCGGCGGAGGCGGUGGUGGCAUUGGUGGCGGAGGCGGAGGUAGUGGAUUUGGUGGUAGCUCUAGAGCUGACGAGGUAGAUAAUUGGACAUUUGGAAAGAAGCCUGUUCCCGCCAGAUCUUCAACUUUUGGUUCCGGUUUUCGCGAUUCUGGCGGGGAGCAAGAUCGCUGGACGAGGGGACCACCGCGGGGGGAGCAGUCGGAUCGCUGGUCGAGGGGACCAGUGCGCGAGGAGCGGCCGAAGUUGGUGUUGGAACCACCGAGAGGCGAUGCUUCUGCCAAUGAAGUACCGGUGGUGAAAAGUAAUAAGCCGAACCCUUUCGGUGCGGCGAGGCCGAGGGAGGAAGUUUUGGCAGAGAAGGGAGUGGAUUGGAAGAAGCUGGAAACAGAUUUGGAUGCGAAGAAGUCUACUAGUCGGCCUUCGAGUGCACACUCCAGCAGGCCUUCCAGCGCCCAAUCCAACCGCUCUGAAAGUGUCGGGCCUGCUGAAGCUGUGGCGAAGCCCAAACCCAAGGUGAAUCCUUUUGGGGAUGCCAAACCCAGGGAGCUUUUGCUGAGGGAGCGAGGUAUUGAUUGGCGGAAGGUUGAUCUUGAUUUGGAGCAUCGCGCUGUUGACAGGCCUGAGACAGAGGAAGAAAAAUUAUUAAAAGAAGAAAUUGAUUGUUUGAGGAAGGAAGCUGAGAAAGAGUCUACCAUGAAUUCAAAUAAAGAAUCUUCAAAUGAGACUGAUGCAGAACAAAGCAGUACACAGGAAAUAUUAUUGCAGAAAGAGAGGGAGCUUGAACAUCUUAUACGUGAUUUGGAUGACAAAGUUCGUUUUGGGCAGAAAGCUGUUGAAAGGCCAGGUUCAUCGGCAGGAAGGUCUGUUGUUUAUUCUGAUAGGCCACAUUCUCGAUCAAGCUCAAUCUCAAUUGAGGAUUCUAGAGGUGAGUCUGCAGACAGACCUCGAUCCCGUGGCACAAGUGAUACGUGGGCGGGUCCUAAUGAUGACCAAAGUCUCAAGACACAAGUACACAUUUUCAGAAUUCAGUCCUGCCACUCCUGUUUGAAUUUUGCAUAUUUUGUCCGUGACUUUCAUUAUUUAUACAUAUAUACCUUGUACAUUUUUGCUCUGGGCCCAAGAAGUGCUGAUAUUUGCCAUCUUACAGGUCAAGGUCAAGAGAGAGAUGGUGAACAGCAGUUUUGUGUGGAUUAAGAGUUAUCUUCAACUUUUGAUCACCAGAAGCUGAUACUAUUUUGUCCUUUUACUUGCCUUUCUAAUCGUUUUGUUCAUUACUCCAGGAGUUGGAGCAACAAUCAUUGAGUACUGGCACUGAAACUUUUGCCUUGUCUAUUGUUACAUCUUAAAACGUUGUAAAUUUGAUUUUGCCCCCCUUCUGGUAAUUUUUUGGGUGUCUGGUUGAAGGCAGAUAGCCUGUAAUUUUAUUAGGACUUCAUUUUAUUGAAGAUUAUGAAACUUGCUAGUUAACGUGAUUUUGUUCUGAUAUUCCA